UGGGGCGCCUCUUGGUGACGCUGUUUCCUGUGGGUCGUUUGACGUUAAUUCCGGAUAAAUUAAACUUAAGCUAAGCUAAUGUUUCCCAAUAUUUCAAAUCAUAAUUUAAGUCCUUAUAGCUAAAAAUAGUUUGGAAACAACCUUUCCGAUUAAAAGAAAGGUUAUUUGCAGCGUUGUUGGGCCUGUAAUAUGCUCUUCGAGAGCUAACAGUGGGUUAUUUAACCACAUAAGGCUCAGCGUUCAUUGUUAGCUUAGCAUUAGCCAUGCUCACGGACCCCGCUGUUGGACGGGCUGUGGCUUUACUUUCGACAGAGACCACAGCUACUACCCAGCGUGGUAGCUGGCUUAGACUUUAAAGUUUUUGUCCUUUUUUAAUUUUUUUUUUCUUGACGCAUUCCGCAAACCUACAUAAAGUACACCUGAUUUGCUUAGACGCGUACAACCCGCCGCUUUACACACAGUUAGCAGCCCGUUUAGCCUGCUAACUUUGAGGAAACAUCUUUUUUGUUGAUGAUGAUUGGUUUGUCGCGGUUCUGUCUAUGCGGGUAAAGUCUGCUCCAUAAAUCCGAGAGGGCUUUGGUAGUCUGCUAGGACAUUUUACAUCUUAGCCAAAACCGAGAGUUUUUGUUGCGUGGUGUGACCCAAAUUUCCUGCCACGAUGGCUUCUUCUUCUGGAAACGACGACGACCUCACCAUCCCCAGAGCAGCGAUCAACAAGAUGAUCAAAGAAACCCUCCCUAAUGUCAGAGUGGCUAACGACGCUAGGGAGCUCGUGGUCAACUGCUGCACAGAGUUCAUACACCUUAUAUCAUCCGAAGCAAACGAAAUAUGCAACAAGUCAGACAAGAAGACCAUCUCUCCUGAGCAUGUCAUUAAUGGCAAGUCCUUGUCCACGUUGACUCUUUCUUUGCAAACAAACUGUAACUGUAAAACCAGGUAUCUAGCAGGGGGUGUGUCCACCUCCCCGUUAUGUCGUGUUAACCACAGAUCGUAAUCCGCUUGCUGUUGUCUCUUAUUUGCACACCACAGCCCUCGAGAGUCUCGGUUUCGCAUCAUACAUCACUGAGGUGAAAGACGUCCUGCAGGAGUGUAAAACUGUAGCCUUGAAGAGGAGGAAGGCGAGCUCACGGCUGGAGAACCUGGGCAUCCCAGAGGAAGAGCUACUUAGACAACAACAGGAACUGUUUGCCAAGGUAUAACUGCCGUGAACAGCAACUCCUCAAGACUGCUCAGUCUCAAAAUACAUGUGUAAACCAGAGUAAUCAUGAUACAAGUGCAAAGUAUAUUAGAUACCACCAGUUUUAGUACCAUGGGAAGAAAAAUCAAACUACUGGGCACCCUAAAUGCCCAGUUUUGUUUAUUUUCAUUUUCAACCUGCAUGUGGAGCCAGUCAGUUAUUUCACUGUACAUAGACUGCCAUUUGACUUACCAUUAAUACUAAUUAAAGGCAGCAUAUAUAUUUUUCCUCAAUACAUUUGGCAAAAAUACAUUUUAACUGAAUUAUUCAGGAUCCACAGAAGGUGUGUGUGUAUAAGAAGUAGAAUGCUCCCAUCUCUACUGUCAAAAUUCUUACUCAUUUUGUCAUCUUAUAGCACCAGUCAUUGUACAGCAAUGAAGCUCCCUGUCAACAGUCUUUAGGGCAGGACUAAUAGGAAACAUAGAGACCAGGCAAAACUGCUGUGCUUAUUUCCUUAUCUGCAGCAUUGUUAAUAAGAAGCUAAAAGGACUUAACAGUGUUUGCUGACCUGUGAAAGAGCAGACUAAAGUAGUGGCUGUCACAGAGGACAGCAAAACGCAGGAAGCAGGAAGAUCUAUAACUUGACUUGCAAAUAAACAAAAUCCUGCAUGUUUGUGCAACGUUGUGGACAUAUUUAUAGGUUUUUUUAGAGUGUAACUAAGGUUUUGUGGUUUUGCUGCUUUUUAGUGGAGCGCCCUCUUCACUUUAAGUUGAAUUUCCCCUCUUACUCUGUCAUUCGUACUAUGGUGCUGUGUUGUAAAUGCUUGUUACCACAAAAUGGGAGCACCAUAUACACAGAGCUGCUCUGCCCUGCCAGCUCUGUCGCCACACAUCUCCAUGUUCAUCCCCUCAUUUUACCUCUGUUACUGCCUCCAAGAUGAGAGCCAAAAUGACUUAGCCCCACUAUUAUGCUUCCCUGUAUGACACAUUGCAGAUGACAUGUAUUGGAGCACAAAUAUCCUGUGUUAAAAUAGCAGUGUGUAAGUGUCAGUUAAUUCUGCAAAGGUAUAAUAUUGUUGUUCCCAUGUGUCAUUUCACAAUGUUUUGCAGUGCAACAGAAGCAAUCACACAAUCAGAUAUGCACAAACACAGAGCACUGCUCUGACUCACAAGGACCCUGUCUCACCCCUAGAACACCUUGUGCACAACCCUUGCACUGUGGCAGGAUAACUUGGUCCAACCAUCAUGCGUUUUGUGAAUUUCACACUGGAAGUGAGAUGUAACUGGGAUGUAAAUAUCGCACCUUUGACUGGCAGUAUGAAAAGACUAUUGUCUAUAGACUUGCUUUUGGAAAUGUACGGGUUUGACAGCUAUGUGCAUUAGCCGCAGGAGUUUAGUCGUAAAGGAAGUGCAUGUCUUUCCAGAGUGAUCAAAACAGACAAUAAUUUCUGCAAAUCCUAUAAUUUACAAGAUGAGUGAAUUAAAUCUGGAUCAACUGGAUUCACAAGAGAGUGGCUUUGAAAGGAGCUAAGUGCAUGCUUUUUCAUUACAUCAUAUCCAACUACCCCUCUCCAGCAUUCUUGUGUGCAAAGCUUACCCACUGUAGCCUCAGGAAAACUCCACUAAUGUACAUUGAGAGUCCAGGAAGAGUUUGUGCUUGUAGGCAGGUUGAAACACACUUGAGCCAUCCAACCAUUUCAUUUAAAGAAAAUAAUACUGGAUGCUUUGGUUGCAAAAUUAAAGUACAGACCCCAGCUUUAAGUUCUCCAUGCUGUUGGAGUGAAUUCUUACUAUAUAGGACUGUGACCCCUGCAGCUGCUCACCAGUAUGCCACAAAAACUUAAUCAUGUUCAGUUGUGACUUGAGCAACCAAACUCCCACUGACAAGAGUGCUUUUGCAUGUCAAACUUAAAUUGUACCACAUCAUGCGUCAUAUUCCUGUUCUUAUCCUGCUGAACAGUUUGUACUGCAAGUUUUAUUGUUAUUAUUUCAAGGUUAAUGCGUAUACUCAUUUUAAGUAAGAAAAAAAAAACACUACAGUAUUCAUUUGCACUGCUCUAUUGAACACCAGACAAAAUCAUUCUAAUCAAAUGUGAAAACUUUCUUUUUUUUUGUGCAGGCACGGCAGCAGCAGGCAGAGCUCGCCCAGCAGGAGUGGCUACAGAUGCAGCAGGCUGCCCAACAGGCACAGAUGGCAGCAGCAUCUGCCAGCACCGCCCAGCAGGCUGGCUCCUCUCAGGACGAAGACGAAGAAGAUGACAUUUGAUCCCCAGACUGCAUCUUUAAACCUGCGCACAAAUCUCCUUGUACUGUCAUUGGCAGAGACAUGAGAUGUUAGACUGCUUAGUGUAACAUGGAUAAUACACAUUGGAAUGGACAGUGGAUAGAAAGAUGAAGAGGGAUUGCCACAGGUUCUGGUUUCAGAACUGUUUGUUAUUUGAAUUGAGAGGCUGGUAAUGAAGUUUUUGAUUAAUCUGUUUGACCCCUUUUUUCCAGUUGCUUCAGUUAAUGUUUUGAUAUUAUGUUGUGAGUAAUUAUGUAGAUUUCAGGAAGUGUUGUGGACACACAGAGGGCAGACAUUGUCUGGGAUCUUUCAGUCAAUGUUGGUGGGAUAACAAGUGUUUGCCUCUUCAGGUACUGCACAGGAUAGCUCACAUACUGCAUGAUGCUCUCAAACACUUUUGGUGGUCUAGGAUAACAGCUUUAGGAAAAUUUCAGAGCGGAUGAUUUCUCCUCUUUUGUGGUCACACAGGAUCUUUUUAGGGGUUGUGAAUAUUAAAAUAUUUUUGUUAAAUAGAGAAAUACAUGAACACUUUGUUUAAAUUUAGCUUUUGCUUACCGUUGUUCUCUUUCUAUCUAAAACCACACACAGUAUUGCUAAUUAGCCACACCUUUCAGAAACAGAAUAUUUUUUCUCCCGGAACCAAAGACAAACAGCCUAAACAGAUUUAGUGUUUUUAAAAGGUGUAGGUGCUGCUGUGAUUGUCCUUGCUGACUCCAGGUCAGUGUAAGCAAUGUUACAGAUAAUUAACCAAUUACUUUGUAAGAUACUUUGAUAUCCAGGCAGAAUUUGUUAUUCCCCCCUCUCCUUUGGGUGCAGUAUCAAACAUUUGCAUUGUGACUGUGGUCAAUCCUUAGUGUAAAGACGUAAUUUUCUUGUGACAAACAUUCACUUGCCUAUGCUACAAAACAGUGUCUUCUUUAAGCAAUAAAGGAAUCAUGUUUUAUAGACAAA